AUGGCAGUCCCUACAACUGACGUGGCAGCCACGAUCGCCGAUCUUUUAAAAAAGAUUAACACUGCCCCUACGAGCGAAGAGUGUGAUGAAGUAGCUCGUCAAUUGGCAAAGAUCGUCAAAGAUGGCGGUCUUAUCUUGUUAAAGCACCAUGGCAUCCUCGACAAGCUGAAUUCAGCAGCACGUAACAAAAAGUCUGGCAUGGAGCGAGAAGGCGCACUGAUUGGCUUUAAUGCCCUGACCGAUGUGUUGGGUAACUCUGGUGUGCCUUUGCUUUUGCAAUAUCUCGGCCUGUUCCUUGACUUGUAUGCCGAUAAGGGCACCGUCGUGCAGGAGGCAGCACAAAUGGCUUCAGAAACCCUCGUCAACGCCGUCCGUCCCGAAGCAGCACAUAUCUUGUUGCCUAUCCUCUACGAUGGCAUGGGCCACAAUGGCUCCAAGAAAUGGCAGACCAAAUUGGGCGCUUUGCAGUUAUUGGACAAGUACACCAAACGAUCCCCUGAGCAAAUCGGCGAGUGUUUGCCGCAAAUCAUCCCUGUCGUAUCCAAUUGUUUGUCAGACACCAAGGCCGAGGUCGCCAAUGCGGCACAAAAGACCAUGAUGGCCGUGUGUGCUGUCGGUGGUAACCCGGAUAUCGAAAAGCAUUUGAAGGAUCUGGUCCGCUGCAUGGGCGAUCCCACACGUGUACCAAAGACGAUCGAGAAAUUGGCAGCAACCACAUUUGUUGCUGAAGUCAACGGCCCUACGCUGGCCAUCAUGGUGCCCCUGCUGACACGUGCGCUCAACGAACGAUCCACACUGGUGAUGCGGCAGACGGUCAUUAUUAUCGACAACUUGUGUAAGCUUGUGCGUGAUCCCCGCACUGCCGCACAGUUCUUGCCCCAGCUUUACCCAGGUGUCAACUAUCAAGCAGAAUCCGCUUCGUUCCCCGAAAUUCGUGAAUUGGCUGGCCAUGCUAAGCAGACUUUGAUUGAUGCUGGCGGUGCAGUGGAGCAAAACGAAAAUGCCGAUGGUAACGGCAACAACAACAACAACGGUGUUGGUGCAUUCCAGGUCUCGGUAGAGGAUGCAACCAAGGUAGUUCGUGCGGAGGCAACAAAGAUUCAGGGGUUCCUCGAUUCGUUCUUCAAUCCCUUUAUUACGUACACCGGCGCCGUCGUUGCCGACUGGGUGCGCCAAGAACUAUACAUCAAGGAUACAUGGGCCGAUGUCAUUUCCGACUACUUGAACACCGUGCUGAUGCCUCGCGACGUGCCCGCCAUGUGCAACCGAGUAUUUGAUCAUUUCCUGAAUCUGUACAAACAACAUGGCGGCAAUACAGACUCGUCAUUCGAUGAUCAAGAGGGUGAAGAAUUGUGCAACAUUCAAGAUUUCUCGCUCGCUUAUGGUACCCGUCUUUUGCUGAAUCACACCAAGCUCAAGCUCCAUCGAGGCCAACGCUACGGUCUGUGUGGUGAAAACGGUGCUGGUAAAUCCACAUUGAUGCGAUCGAUUGAUCAGGGCAAAGUCGAGGAGUUUCCUUCCAAGGACCAAGUUCGAACGGCCAUGGUCGAUUAUGCGGCCCAGGGAGCCGAUACCUCCUUGUCGGUGUUGGAUUAUGCAUGCGCCGAUCCCAAUCUCAAGAGUCUGAGCCGCGAAGAUGUCAAGAAGGGUCUGGAGGAUGUUGGAUUCGAUGACGAGCGUCUCAAGGUCAUUGUCAACACAUUGUCCGGUGGUUGGAAGAUGAAGCUGGAGUUGGCUCGUGCCAUUCUCUUCAAGGCUGAUAUCUUGUUGCUCGAUGAACCUACGAACCAUUUGGAUGUCCACAAUGUCAAGUGGUUGCAAGACUACCUUGUCAGCCAAAAGGACGUGACCUGUUUGAUUGUUUCUCACGACCCAGGCUUCUUGGAUGCUGUGUGCACACAGAUUUUGCAUUAUGAGAAGAAGAAGCUUCGCCUUUACUCGGGCAAUCUCACAAGUUUUGUUGAGCAAUACCCACCCGCUGCCAACUAUUAUACCCUUGAAUCAUCCACUGUGAGCUUUUCGUUCCCCAAGCCCUCCGUUUUGCAAGGUGUCCGCAGCAACACAAAGGCUAUUCUCAAGGCAACCGAUUGUACCUUCCAGUAUCCUGGUCGAGACAUCCCAUCACUCUACAAUGCCACAAUUUCUUUGUCUCUCUCCUCCCGUGUCUCUGUCCUUGGUGCCAACGGUGCCGGUAAAACCACGUUGAUCAAGUUAUUGACCGGUGAAGUCGUACCCCAGACCGGUGUUGUAUGGCGCCAUCCUGCACUUCGUAUUGGUUAUGUUGCCCAGCACGCGUUCCACCAUUUAGAACAACAUCUUGAAAAGACGCCCAUGGAGUAUCUCCGAUGGCGUUACGAGACGGGUGAGGAUAAGGAAGUUUCCAUGAAGGAAACGCGUCAGAUCUCAGAGGACGAAGCCAAGCAAUUGGACAAAUAUAUUGACAUUGACGGCAAGUCUCGACAGAUCGAAUACCUGAUUGGUCGUGCCAAGUAUAAAAAGACCUUCCAGUAUGAAAUCAAGUGGAGAAAUGAACGACACAAGAACAACAGCUGGGUAUCUCGUGAGAAGCUGCUUGAACUCGGUUUCCAGAAACUCGUCCAGCAAUUCGAUGACAAGGAAGCAUCGCGUGAAGGCUUGUUGUACCGCGAAUUGAACGUGGCUUCUAUCCGACAGCAUUUCACUGAUAUUGGCUUGGAUGCCGAUAUUGCCCAAUACAGCAAGAUGGGUGAGCUCAGUGGCGGUCAAAAGGUCAAGGUGGUCAUUGCUGCAGCAAUGUGGAACAACUCGCACAUGCUUGUAUUGGACGAACCUACCAACUUUUUGGACCGCGAUGCUCUUGGUGGUUUGGCAAAUGCUAUCAAGAACUGGGAAGGUGCUGUGGUCAUGAUUUCUCACUCGGACGAGUUCACGUCUGCUCUGUGCCCCGAGGCCUGGCAUUUGGAAGCGGGUCGUGUGAGCAAGGCUGGCAAGUCCGCGGUCGAGGACGAAGUCCAGGUGGACGAUGAAAAGGUCAAGGCGCGUAUCAGCAAGAAGAAGAAAAAGACAAGAGCUCAGCUCAAGGACCAAGAAGCACGCCGUCGUGCACGAAAACUCAAGUGGUUGAUUGAAGGCGGUGAACGCGAACCUGAUACAGACAGCGAUUAG